CGCUUAAUCGUGUAUUCUUUAAAUUGUUUUGUCAUGAUACCAAAAGUGAGGAAGGAUAUACACUCAUUAUUUCAUGUGAUACAUGCAUUCUUUAAAAUAAUAUUUUAAAUUAAAUCAUUAAAUUAUACAUUUUGAAACACUUAAGGUGCUGCGUACUUGUUUCCUAUUCUAUUGACAAUUUUUACAUCCUACUUGUGUACUUAUGGAUUAAAACUGACUCGCUUACAAGGAAAAUAUUUAAACGUAAUUAUAGUGCGGUCAGGGUUUAAUUCUACAUUUGUAUAGUCAUAUAAUUAUAUUGGAGAAAUAUGACAUUUUGGAAUAUAUUCAUUUUCUUCUCAGUUUUCCAUGUUUCAGAAUGCGCAGAAAGCUAUCUUGUAUCUAACAUAUCUUCACAAUGGGCGAAUAUAUAUAACGAAUGUUCAAUUGCUGUUCCUCCUAUUCGACAAACAUCAACCGGAAUUGUUGUAGAUGCCAACAUCUCACUCUCAGACACUGAGCAUGCUUGGGUUGGAUAUAUCAAGACGCAAAAGUCUUUCGAUUAUAUUGGUUGUUUUCAGCAGAAAUCUUUGGGUAUCCUCCAAUCUGAGGGGGUUGAAGUUGUAAGUCCAGGACAGUGCUUUGAUGUAUGUAAUAACAGGUCAACCGUGGGAGUGUCAGGAAAUGAGUGCUUUUGCUUAAACGAUUCAAGUUCCUUGUCGGCAUUACGGUCAAAUUAUACAAUUUGCACGACGGAAUGUGAAUCCAAAAGCGGAGUUGUUUGUGGUUACCGAAUGGAAAAUGGAUCAAAAUAUAUUUCCAUUUAUAAAGAACACAAACUAGAAGCAAAAGAUAUUAGCGCAAGAAAUUAUGUAGAUGCACAUUGUCUGCGCUUGAUCGUGGAUCAAAAUACCUUUGCUUGGGGAAAUGUUCAGAAAAGAUGUUAG